AUGCACAAUAGAGGUACGCCCAUUAUUUUUGAUGUGCCCCCUGCUUUCAAAGUAGAGUCUAUUGUCGGCCAGGGUGCCUAUGGCGCCGUCUGCAAGGCCACCUUUCGCGAUGAUUUAAUAGCCUUAAAGAAAAUUCCGCAUUAUUCCAAAAGCGAAGAUGCGGCCCGGCGUGUACUGCGAGAGGUCGAGGUGCUGCAGAAGCUGCAAUUUUGCGAGCAAAUCGUGGGCUGUAGACUGUUCUUUCGCCCUACGAGUGGAGAGAAGGAUGUUUACGUGGUGAUGGACUACAUCCCGUCCGAUCUGUCCUCGGUGAUUAAGAAUAGCAAUAUCCCACUCGAUGAAAAUAUCGUACGGUACAUCAGCUGUCAGCUCUUUCUCGCGAUUCGUGCGCUGCAUCGUUGUAAGAUUCUUCAUCGUGAUGUGAGCACGCGAAAUAUUCUCAUUCACUACAACUCGCAGGUGUUUUUGUGUGAUUUUGGCCUCAGUAGGUUUUUUGACCCGGACGAACAGCUGUCUUUUGGCGUCGUCACGCAGUGGUAUCGCGCCCCGGAAAUUAUCCUGGACGCGGAGUACAGCUACCCCAGCGAUGUUUGGAGUGUUGGAGUGAUCUUGGGUGAGCUCCUGCUCCGUCGUCAUCUUUUUCCUGGAAAGCCAAACGACUCGGCAAACCAGCUGAAUCUUAUUUUUUAUCUCAUCGGGACUCCGCCGGCCACCGUUUUUGAUCGCGGGCAGCCUUUUGAGAAAUCCAGCACCAACGCGAAGAACUACGCCUUAGCCUAUAUCGAGCGCUGCCCUUGCACCUCCACGCUGGUUAAGCUGCUCUCUUCUUCCCAUACUUUGGCCAAAAAUUCUACAACCCUGGGGGAAUCUCCUUUGGUAGUCCAGUUGAUUGAACAGCUCCUCCAGUUCGACCCGAACAAACGCCCCAGCGCGGAUGAUGCCCUACGACACCCGUGGUUCAACCCAUGUCGUGAUUUCAUUAAUGAAAUGAUCGCCCUUCAGGACAUCGAACCCAUUCCAAAGUUUACUUCUCCACAGAACCGUACAUUGGAGAAUCUUUUGGCGUGUAUUGAAGAACAAGUCCCCAUCUUUUGUGAAGAUCUGCUAGUCGAAGAUGAGGCAGCCGAUGCAGCACAAUCGGGGGAGUGA